GCUAACGAAAGUACAUGCACAGAUCACGGAAAAGUUCUUGAAAAGCCGAUGGAUGGAAUCCUGGACGUGCUGCUGACCUUGUACUGCAUAGAACCGUUGCCGUAGUGAGGCGUUACAUAGACCGAAAUCUUGUGUCUAAACUCGACGCGGUCGGUCCAUCAUCGUAUUCCAAGGACGUUGAGAUUCUUGAGAUUUGAUUCGCCGGCCCUUCUGCUUGAACUUUGCUCGACGCUUGGACUCGUCUUCUUCUAUUGUUUCAUGGCGGGCCGGGGAUUCGCUUCCGCCAUGAGACAGGCUCCCGAUCGAUGUAACACAUGAGCAUCAGCGACUUUGACGAAGAAUGAAGCUGAUUUCAAGACGAGGAAGAUGCCAGGUGUCGUCAUGCUCAAGGUAGAUCAAGGAGAAGACGACGAAACAUCUCUCUUGGGUCUCCGGAUAAACAGUUGGUCUACAUCUCAGCCCAAAAAACUUCGACCAUAACAUAAAAAGG